UCUUGCUAUUGAUCAGACACUUCGGUCCACCUUCUUUCAUCAACUGACAACUCAGGAAGUAUGAACUAUGAAGUCAUCACUGCGAGAAAGUGCCCUUACAGACUCAGUACCAGUUCUGGUGGGGAUAACGGCCUUUCCUCUGUCGCUAGGUGCAAUACAGCAUCUCUGUUUUACACCCCUGAGACUGACGUGCCACAGAAUUUGUGCACCACUGGCUGGACUCAGUGCAGUUGCAGCUGCAGGACUAGUGGCAACGUUUUCUCGCAGCAGUCUCAGAAAAUGGCAGGGUUAUACAGAUGUUUUAUCUUCAGAACAAGAAUGGGUAGUCGCCCCAUCUACUGUAGUACUAACAUGUGUGACCUUCAAACUCCUAGGUGGACGGUUCAGAAAUGUAUUGCCAAGCCAUCUUCUGCACCCAGGUGCCUUUAGCAAGAAGGCAGUCCCAGCGUCUUUAAAGUAUGCCAGUCACAACAAGAAAGUCCACAUCCAGCAGCUUGGCCGGAAGUUCGGUUGCCACUCUUGCGGUUCAAAGUUCGGAGGCCUGAAAACGUCCUAUGGUAAAGUUUUCCAGAAGCUAAAGUUGAAGGAGAAGAUUGGAAUCUUGCUCGGAGGAAGGUUUAUUGCAGAUCAUCAGCCACCUUUGGCAGUGUAUGAAACAGCACUCAAGAGGAAAAGAGUGGCCAAGUACUCAUCCCCUGCCUUCUACCCCCAGUGCCAGAGGUGUAGCUCCUGCCAGAGGCUUUACCUGGGUGCUGUGAGCAGGGGGAGGCCAGAGCCCUUCUCUCCUGUGGUCACACAUGCAUCAUCACUCAGGCUGUAUCAUCUAUGGCUGCCAUGGCCAUGGAUUCUGACUGAACUUUUCUUUUAAGUAUUGUACUCGGGGACAGUAAUUUGCGUUAUCAA